CACAGACACUGGGAUUUACUUCCUUGUUACCUGGACAGGACAGACAUUUGCACUGAGUUCUUCCCAUUUACAAGCUCAAUACAGAAAGUAGGAUUUACUUCCUUGUUACCUGGCAAGACAGAAACAUCCGUCUGUACGUUCUUCACAUUUUACAAGAAAACUGGAUUGCGGUCAAAAUAACAGAUUGGUAUGAUGGCAACAUGUUUCUUGGAACCUUAAAUGCUGUAGAUGGAACAAACUAUGAUGUUUUGAAGCAUGGAAACUGACAACAAGCUGCCACGAGAUGGCACUGUUUCUGGAUCCUCCACAGAUGCUUUUAUUACAACCAGGAGAAGACAACAGCCAGGCAAACAACAUAGUACAACACUGGCACCAGGUGGCGUUGUGGCUGGAUCCCCUGCAGGUUCUUCUGUGGUGACCAGGGAAAGAAAGAAGCAAGUAGAACAACAUACUACAACACUGACACCAGGUGGCGCUGUGGCUAGAUCCCCUGCAGGUUCUUCUGUGGUGACCAGGGAAAGAAAGAAGCAAGUAGGACAACAUAGUACAACACUGACACCAGGUGGCGCUGUGGCUGGAUCCCCUGCAGGUGCUUCUGUGGUGACCAGGAAAAGAAAGAAGCAGGAGGAACAACAUAGUACAACACUGACACCAGGUGGCGCUGUGGCUGGAUACCCUGCAGGUGCUUCUGUGGUGACCAGGAAAAGAAAGAAGCAGGAGGAACAACAUAGUACAACACUGACACCAGGUGGCGCUGUGGCUAGAUCCCCUGCAGGUUCUUCUGUGGUGAGCAGGGAAAGAAAGAAGCAGGGGGAACAACAUAGUACAACACUGACACCAGGUGGCACUGUGGCUGGAUCCCCUGCAGGUUCUUCUGUGGUGACCAGUGAAAGAAAGAAGCAGGAGGAACAACAUAGUACAACACUGACAGCAGGUGGCGCUGUGGCUGGAUCCCCUACAGGUUCUUCUGUGGUGACCUGGGAAAGAAAGAAGCAAGUGGAACAACAAACUACAACACUGACACCAGGUGGCGCUGUGGCUGGAUCCCCUGCAGGUGCUUCUGUGGCGACCAGGAAAAGAAAGAAGCAAGUAGGACAACAUAGUACAACACUGACACCAGGUGGCGCUGUGGCUGGAUCCCCUGCAGGUGCUUCUGUGGCGACCACAGAUAGUCUCACUGCCACAGAGGUAAAACAACAUCCGGGGAGACAACCCACUACAACACUGGCACCAGAUGGCACUGUGGCUAGACCUACCACAGAUACUGUCACAGCCACAGAGGCAGGUCAGCUGCAGGGGGUACAAUCAUUUUCAACAACCACACACUACUACCUACCGGGUUCAGUUUCACAAUGUAACAUCUCCAACUCCUCCAACGUUGCAUUCGGAGACAGCGGACAUCGAGGCUGGAUAUCACAAGAGAGUCUCAGCAUAAGGAUCAACCAGCUCAGUGAUAUGUUAGUACAAACCCGUGCUCUUCACAAAGCAGAGGAACUUCUGAAGAGGCACAGCCAUGUUGCAAUUUGUGGAGCCCCUGGAGAUGGGAAGACUACUGCUGCUCUCAGGAUCUGUGAAACGUAUAUGAAGAAAAACUAUCAAGUAUUGUUUGUUGAAAAUAUUGAAGAGUUUGACAUUGAUGUUGUCAUUAAGCGAAAGUGUGACAUGUUGGUUGCGUUUGACGAUAUCUUUGGUUCUGUCGCUGUUCCUAGCAGCUUGGAGAAAUUACGCAAAGUGUUCAAUGCCUUGGUUGAUAUUUUACUUUGCUUUACAAGAGACGAGGAGCUAGCAGCCGAGAAAGAAAGAAAGAAGAAGAAAAUGAAGAAAGGUAUACAGAAGGAAGAUGAGAAGCAAAGUAUGGACGAAACGACUGAAAAAAGCAACUACAAGCUUCGCUUCAUUUUCACAUCCAGGAACUACAACUGGAAUGAGGGCUGUUCAAGACUACAUCAGUUCAAAGUAAAUCUGUUAAAACAUGAAACCAUUGUUGAUAUGAUCAAGACAUGUUUAACCAUUGAAGAAAAGAAACAGAUCAUGACCUUGUUCAGGACCAGAAGCCAAAUCUGCAGUAUCUCCGAUAAGGACAUGAAAACUAUUACAGAGUUAAAAGACAGCAUGUUUGGAUAUCCUUUGACCUGUAAACUGUACUUCACCAACCGAGUGUUCCAGAUGCAUAGUCUUGGGGACUUUUUUCUGAAACCGGUGACAUACCUGAGAGGUGACCUUGACACCAUUGUCCGUGAAGGCAGCAGCAGAUCGGCUGCUCUGAUUCUCCUGGUCCUGUGUGGAGGGAAACUGGACCUUGCCUCCUUGAUGUGUGGGACAGACAAGAAGGUCACAGAUCUGUUUCAUGUUGUAACGGAGAAGGUAGCACCAUGCACCGAUACAGACAUAGAAAGAGAGAUAAGCAAUUUUACUGGCACCUACUGUGUCGUGGAGAAUCAUGUAGCCUCCUUUUCACAUCCAGCCAUCCACGACGCUGCCGCAUGUGCUUUUGGGAAUCUCAACAGUGUUUUAUUAGUAAAACACUGUUCCCUUCAGUUUUUGUAUGAAAGGGUUAGACCAAACAUGCCUGAUGCUCGACAGACAACCCAAGCUGAUGAUGUGACAAACAUGAUCUACAUCACUUCCCGUCUUUACCCAUUGAUGAUCAACAGGAUAGUGAAGGGUAUCCGUGAAGAUUGCUUCAGAUGGACAGUAGGCCACCCUGUAUUCAGAAACGAUAAAUUAUCAUCCUCACUGAUGACGGAACUGAAAAAUGACUUGCCUUAUAUAGUCCACCGAAAGGACAGCACAUCUGGUGAAUGUUUUCUAUACUGGACUUCCCUGUCUAAAAAUGAUUUACUGUUCAGUCAGUCAUUAUUACUGAUGAGUAAAAAGGAAAAUCUUUCCCCUGAAAAUGUCAAAGACCUGUAUGAGAGUAUCACAGGUUGCAUAAAGCCUGGCAAGGUGGGGAACCUGCAACGUAUUGUUGAUGUGCUAAAGCAUCAUGGGGAAUACCAUGCAGACCUAAGGAUGGCAGGAAGCAAAACUCUGCUAAUAAUUGCUGCAGAGGCUGGACAGUUGGAUGUGUUCAACUUUCUACUGCAAGAAGGAGCAAAUGUUUUAUUGAAGGAUAGGAAAGGAAACAGCUGCCUUCAUCAUGCGUGUAUUUCAGGAAAAAGAGAUAUUGUGAAAGUUGUUGUUGAAAAGUUUCCAGGUAUGAUUGAUGAUUGUAAUGAUGAGGGUUUCACAUCUACACUGUUGUGUGCUGAGACACGACAGGAGGAGAUCCUCAAGUUCCUGGUGUCACAUGGUGCUGAUCUCUCUGCUAAGAUAUUGGGAGGUCAAAGUUGUUUACAUGUGGCGUGUGCAAGUGGUUAUUUCUCAACCGUACAAUAUUUGUUGUCUUGUGAAAUUAUCAACAUUAAUGAAAGAACAUUAUCAAACACAACGCCGAUUAUGAUGGCUGCCGAAAAGGGACACUCUGAUGUUUAUCAUCUUCUUGUGUCAGAGGGAGCUGAUCUGUCACUUACUAGUGAGUUGGGCAGAGACUGUCUGAUGUAUGCAUGUGAGGGAGGUAACAAGUCUAUAGUUAGACACUUACUGUCUUUGAAAACAAUUAACAUCAACAGGAGAGAUCACAACAACAUGACACCAGUCAUGGUGGCAAUUGAAGCCGGACAGUCUGAUGUUUAUCACCUUCUUAUGUCAGAGGGAGCUGAUGUGUCACUUACUGGUGACAAGGGCAGAGACUGUCUAAUGUGUGCAAGUGAAAGAGAUAGCAAGAUUGCAGGGCUCACAAGAACCUCAGGGAGCUGA